GUUACUGCCGGCAAUUCAAAGACACUUGAGUCCGUGAAUGCGUAUUUCAGUUUUCAUCGACACUGGUUUAGUUUGCAGUGGGAUGUUGCGGACAAAACAAUUCGCUAUUUUCUGCCGAAUUCUGAUCUUUUUUACCUUCCUGUUGUUCGGACAGACAAAUGCUGAGGGAAGAAAAACAUUCAGCGGGUGAGUCUGAUCAGUACUAGUUUCGAUCUAGAAUUAGCGACGUACGCGGAAAACUGAUAAUAUAAAUCUUUUGAUUUGCGUAUUAAAUCGUCCUUGCUUGCAAUCGCCGUUCUCGAUCGUUCUCGUUAUACAAUCUCGUCCACUCUUUUGGUAAAUAUUUAUGUUUGUUAACAUUAACAAGCACAGAUAUCCCCUUUUUAAUCUUGAGGGUCGAUUUGAUAAAUUCGUGAUAGGCCGACGACCGGGUUAAGUUUGAAAGCAGCUAGGCCAGGGAAUACCGAAGCUUGAUCAUGAUAGUCAAUUCCGCGACGUGUUUUACGUACUGUCGACGUUAAAUUAACCCUCAACUCACUUUCUUUAUCAUGUUUAUCUUUCUUGUCACCUGCGUACGUGCGUCUAUCGCUUGACCAGAGGUCAGUACGAUGAAUUCAAAACUGAUACCGGCGUACCUCCUGUCUGUAAAGGCGUUUCCGAUCAAACGCUACCUCUUCCGUUCGUGGUUCAGAGUUUGUUGAAGGUAUCCUGAGUGUCAGGCGUUUCUCUGUGGAAAAGUGGACGAGAGAAGAGAAAUGAAAGUCCUCUCAUUAAAAUCUACGCUCCCAAAACCCCCAGGGGAAGAUCUUAUACCCCUGGGAUACCGAGGCUAUAAUUGUAGUUGGAGGAGAAAGAAACCCCGGGGGUAUAUAUAGCAACCCAUGCUGCAGCGCGUACACUGACACAUGAACUACCCAAAAACUGUGUCGUUCGCGCGUUUGCACAUUACGGAUUCCACAACCAAAAACCUCCCGGACUCCUUAAUCGGGAUUUCCCUUACAGCGAGCGUUGUUUUUGUCCAGGAUCCGUAAAAAGGGACGCAUGAGGAAACCUUUUAGCUGUGUUCUCGCCGGUUAGCGCCAAUAUUACUUGAAAUAUUGAUCAGAUUUUCUUGCCCAUGAAUGUUUCCUGCUUGUCAGGUCAUUCAACAUUUUUACCAGUCUUCCAAAGUGUUAAUCAGGGUGUUAAUAGCCGAAUCGGGUAAACUUUGAGGAGAAAUAAGUGUCAAAAUAAGAUGACGGUCAUUUUCUACCAUAUUCAAUGUAGAAAGAAAUAAAUCAGUCAUAUGCGAAAGUACUGUCGAAAUGGUCACCUUAAAAUGGUAAUCAACAUGUCUUUAGGGUUGAUUCCGGGUGUCAAAAUCUUUUGAAUUUAGAGAAGAAGCAUCUUGAAUUCGAAGCACUAAUAAAUGAGUUUCACAAAAAAGUUUAGUUGAAAACACAUGGUCAUCAAGAAAAAUAAUUUUUCCAGCAAGAUUUAGUUUUCAACUGCGCAAAUUUUUAUUGUUAACUUUGAAACAGUUCCCUUGCUUUUGCGAUUUUCUUUCGUCUAUCCGUGGUCGAGAAGGAAAGAGAAUACUAACGCGAGAAAGUUAGUAAAGAAUUCAUGAUCUGCAUGUGGAGAGAGAAGGCAGUUGUUUUUUUAAUUUUUAUACAUUGUUACCUUUCGCUUUGCUUGCGCGGCCACUGCGUUUUCGUUUUUAAUUUUAUUUUCCCACGCUCACAACUUCCCUUUCCCUUUCGAACGCCUGCCACGCAGGCUAGCUUCGAAGCGGACGUCAAAGAGAAUUAAUUAUUUCUAAGAAGCAGUGCCAGGGGACAAAGAAAUGUAGAAAAUAUUAAGUUAGGAAGUUCAUCACUUUUUACAAAGGCAAAACCGGCAGGAUUUCGUAUAAUUUCCGAUUUUGAAAUGGUUGCGAGCAAAAAGACUCGUCAAUCCGGCAAGAUUUAGUUGGCUGUGAACUUCUUUUCAAAGUGAGAACUUCAAUGAAAGAGUUGAUGAUGUGGUUAUUGGCUUUCUCUCUCUUUAACGCUUGUCCUCUUCAUUUUUCUACGUUAUUUGAUUGAGCAUAUUCACCUUAAUUCAUGACCUAAGAAGUCAGAACUGUUUUUUCUGUCGUCGUCAGAUACAUUGGCAUAUUGUAUGGUUAUUUCUGUCACAGGCUGUUUUUUGAACUUGCUUUUCUAUUUUGUAAAAAAAAAAAAACUGUCUGUAACGCCCUUAUGUAAAACGCACAAAAAAUGUCUGCGUGCAAUCUUCCUUUCCUUCGCGGCUCGCUUGCAUGUGUAAUCUUCUUCCAGUCUCUCGAUAAGCCAUCCGCGCGUUACUUUUCGGUGCAUCACGCGAGAGAUUCCUCUUUGGCUGUUUCAGUCUCAUGGAAUACUUUCUAGGCACAACCUAUAAGGCUGAGAGCUGCUGAGAAAAUAAUUAUUAAUGCGUUCCGGCUUUCCUUCAUUAUCUUUUACAGUGACAAAGUUUUACAAGUUAUUCCUGGGACGAAAGAAGCACUGAAGUACCUUAAUAACCUGUUUGAUAAAAAUGAUUUUGAGGUACGGUACAACUUGUUUGUUUGAGGAAUGUUAGGCUUUGUGUUCCAUUACCCUACUAACCCAAUCUUUAAGAAAAUAAAGCAGUUCCUUUGUUGGGUCAAAAGCACACCAUUCUUUCUUCUGUGAACACUACUGCGUCUUUCUGUCUAUUAGAAGAGAAAAGACUGAUAAAAAUUACUUUCUAGUACCGCAUUUAUUCGAAUAAGCGCCCAACCUCGAAUUAGCGCCCACCUCGAAUAAGCGCCCAGUCUCGAAUAAGCGUCCACCCCACCCCACCUCCCUUCCCCUCCCACCCACUUAAACUCAAAUAAGCGACCACCCCACCCCCCCCCCCAAAUUGAAUAAGUACUGAUAAGAGACUUCCCCAAAGACGGAGUUUUCUUCAAAGUAUUUUACAGGAACCUUGCUUUGUUACAUCUUCGAGAUUUGUCAUCACCAUUUAUUGUUUUGUUGCAAAAUAAACAUACUCCACUUGCUGAAAAUGCUGAAAAUUUAAUAAGCGCCCAGCCUCGAGUAAGCGCCCACUCUUAAGGUCCAAAAAUUUAAUAAGCGCACAGGGCGGUUAAUCGAAUAAAUACGGUAUUUAUGUUUAUCAAAAUGUGCUUUGACCCCAAUUAGAACACGCUUACUCAGUGUUGAAUCGACUUAGUUGCUUUGGUAACUUAAAAUCGGCACCUUUUUAUCAGGGAGUAACGAUCUCUUUCCAUUCUUUCUAUGUUGGCUCAGAGUAUUCAGUUAAAUUACAUGCAUUCUAGCUUAAUUCUACUCGUGCACCGCAAUGCAAUGCAUUAGGCCCCAUAACCGAGUUCUUUCUACUUGAUUUACUUUACAUACAAAUCCUGCUGUUCAUUUAUAGUCUUGAUUGCUCGAACUUCAAUCCAUCCAUAAGGUAAUUUGGUGCUUGCUAAUCUACAGUCCUUUUUUGUAGCUUGAUUUUUGGACCUACCCAAGUAAAAUUGGUGAGUCAGUGGACAUUCACGUGACGCAUCGGUGGGCGCGGGAAUUUAAGCACUUUCUCACAAGGAGAGAGAUUUCUUUCCGCGUGAAAAUAAGAAACUUACAACGGUUAAUCAAUGGAGAACGAAUGAGAGCGCGCUCGGGAGUGCCAUUCAACGGAGCUUUCCGUUCGUAUUCUCAGGUGAGUCUGAACAACGCGGUAUUUUGUGGAAAAGUACGAUGAAAAGGCAUUAGAGAGUUCUAGAUCCGAGUUUACCGCGAAACUCUAACCGCGGUUUGCUGUUGCCCGUUUGCGGUUAGACGUUCAAAUAUAAUUCGAUUUAGAUUGGCGGUGGAUUAAAUUACGGCCGCCAUUUUGAAUCAGCAGCCGUGAAUAGCACUUGUUUUCAAGGUCCAUUUGGAUUUAUAAAAUUCAGCAUUUCGCCCGAAGUUGUGCCUCUGUUAAAGGAUAAAGACUUGCUCCACAAGAUUUUUGUAUCAUUAAGUGGGAUGAAACAAGAAUUAUACGCUAAAAGCUUUCAGGUAAAUGACAUACGUGAAAACCUACCUCCCCACGUUGGAAAUGCACGUAAACUUCAAACAUGACCAGAACGACUUGUCACGUGACCUCCAGCGGUUAGAGGUUCGAGGUAAACUCGGAUCUAAAGCCCUCUAUUGUUAUCGGAGUACCAUCUUAUUCCUGUACGAGAAAACGUAUCACAAUAAACGGGAUAGUGUUAAGUGAUUUAGGGGUAAGAAAACAAUCGUGGACAUCUCGAGACGCCACCACUGGUUUCAAGGCGAAAUGACUUCUGUGGAACGACUGCAGAAAUUCCACAUGAUACUGAUUACGUGACACUACCCAGAUCUGGUUAGUGCUUCUCAUUUGUCGCGCCGCGAGCCAAGUAAACCUGCUUCAACCAAUUAAAAACACUACCCAGAUCUGGCCGGUAGUCAGUGACGCGUCUUCAGCAUGGAAUUUCUGCCCUCGUUCUUCAGAAGACAUUUCGUGGGAAACCAGUAGUGGUGUCGCGGAAUGUCGGCGUUUUUUUCCCGGGCUAUUGAUAUAUACCUUGAUUAAAAGAAAAAAAGUGCAAUCUUUUACGUUGGUUCAUCACUAGAUUGUCCACGAAAUGAGGCGACUACAGCGACUCAAUGAAACGCUUGUAGAAGUGUUCAGUAUUGGAAAAACCUACGAGAAUCGAACCAUACACGGAAUUAAGGUACCAUAAAUUGCUGGUAUUUUAAAUGUAUUUAUUCAUUUUCCUCGUUAAAAACUAUUGCUGCUAUUUUGAAGGCCUAUUUACAUCUUAGAUACGUUGCACAUGCAACAUAUAUAUACCAAUUUCCUGCUGCGAAAACUCUGGCCACCAUUUCAGAACACUAAACAAUCGUAUUUCGGCGUUGAACAAUGCAACCUUUUUGAGCUUUUUAAAUCAAAAUCAAACACUUGCAAAGUCUAUCAUGUGAAGACAAGACCUUUUUUACGAUAUAACUUUAUUUGCUCUAUAGGUAAAAGGAAAGUUCCAAGUCUUGACACAAACGUAACAUCAAAUGAAAAUGCAAAAGCACGCGGAAAAGACUGAAAGUAAAUUUUGUUGUUCGGUUUGCCACGCUGCCUUUGGUGAAUUCUUUUUCCAGCGAUCUGUGCGUGCCAUCAUCUUUGUCGUCCUGGCACCAGUUGUUCAAUAGACAGAUAACGUUAUACACCAGGCCCCAGUUGUUCAAAAGGUGGAUAACGCUAUCCAACGGAUAAAUCUCUAUCCACUGAAUAGCGCAUUUAGUUCUCCAAAUACUUAUCCACUGGAUAGUGAUUUAUCCGGUGAAUGGCGCUAUCCAUCUUUUGAGCAACCACGGCCUUAUAUACUCUAUCCAGUGGAAAGUUAGUCUCCGUCGCAGCCGUUUUUAGUAUCGUCACGCAACGCUCCUCCCCAGGAGCGUUGCGUGACGAUACUAAAAACGGCUGCGAGGGAGACUAACUUUCCACUGGAUAGAGUUUAUCAGGCCCUGGUUACUCAAAAGAUGGAUAGCGCCAUUCACCGGAUGCGUGACGAGUUCACAAUUCAAAGAUCUGUGUGAAAACUUGUCAGCGUGGGUACUCCCCAAUGAUGAGCAAUAAGUCAAAAUAAGUCUGUGUUUUCAAGAUGGCUCUAAGGUAGGAUCUUCAUCCCGGGGCCAUUUUUAUUUUUUAACUUCUAGAAAGGUCAAGUCUAUUAACAAAGUUCUGAUCUGUCUAAAGGAGAAAGAUCUCGAUUAGUCUUUUUUCCCUAUCAGGUGCUAAACUAAAAGUUCAUCAAAUUUAAGCGGUUAGUGUCGUCCAGACAACCCCCCAUUUAGAUCGGUGAAACUUUCAGUUUAUAAUUUGACGACAUCCAGAUUAAACUAGUACAUAUCAACUACAAUAGCAAAACACUAGUGGAAAGUGCAAUUAGUUUCCCUAAUACUUAUCCACUGGAUAGUGAUUUAUCCGAUGGAAAGCGCUUUCCAUCGUUUGAGCAACCGGGUCCUGUAGUUUUUUGCUAAUUUUGCCUAAUAAGGAGUGUGGCUGCCCCUCCCUAACCCGUCGGCCCUUGUCCUAGAUUCAUCAUUGGUGGUCAGAAAUCUUUGUAAACAUUGAUUCUUUUUGUCUCAGAUCUCUUCAAACAGAUCUCUCACAAACAAGUCAGUAAUGUUUAUCAACUGUGGUCUCCACGCGCGAGAAUGGAUUGCGAUUUCAACAUGUGUGUAUGUCGCCAGAGAGGUACAAUAAUUUAGCACACACGUUUAUUUUUUUAGACUAUUUAUUCAAGAAAAAAUACCACGCAACUCUUAAUUGGAAAGUUUAACAGACCAUGACGAACUUGGGGGAAAAUAUCCUUAAUAACGCCAUGAUUAGAGUAGGAGCAGACUCUUUUCUUUUUCUUAGUCCAUCGAGCGAAAGGCGUGAGACACGAAAAUGUGAAAGACGCGAGACGGCUCGACGCUCUCGUGCGCUUGCAUUCCACAGUGCUGGAUCCAGACUUAGAGAUAAGGCGGUGGGGGGAGGGGGUGGGACAGCGGUCAUCUCGACCUUUAGAUAAGGGGGGGGCGGUCCUCCCCCAAAUUUUUUUUUCGGCCCCCCAUAUGUUCAUCCAAACUCAAGGGGUGCCUGACAGGUCACGUGUGAAAAAACCACUAGCAGAAUUGCUCGAAGUUGAGCGUGCCUUAAUUAGAUUUACCCAUACCGAUAUCUUACUGAUCUACUUCUCAACCAUCCAAAGGGCGUUGUCCGACAUAUCGUUUUCCGUACCCAAAAUGUACCAGUUUUUCUUUUUUACUACAUUUCUAGUUUUGUUUCAGUUUCAGUUUCAGAUUACUGUUUUCCAUAAGAAUGUACAAAAAAAAUCAUGAAAAAUUAAUCUAAAUAUUUAAAAACCUAAUGGCCAGGAAGCCCAAGGAAUUGAAGCCACUGGGCUUAUAAGGAAUGGACUCCCUCAGUUAAAUUACUACAAUAAAAUAAUUAUUAAUAGAAUAAUACAUGCAAAAUUCAAUGUUAGCGCUAUAGUAAAUCUUAAUCUUGUUAAUGCGAACUCAGUUCCCUAUCCUUUCCUUUUUCUUUUCCUUUCCAUUCUUCCUUUUCUUUUCUUUUCUUUUUUUUGGCCAGCUCGUACUCAAGUACAGAACUGACGAAUCAAUAAGAGAUUUAGUGGACAAGCUAGAGUGGAUAAUAAUUCCUGUUGUAAACGUGGAUGGAUAUGUUUACACUCAUUCUACGGUAAGACGUUGUAGAUUGGUAUAAAAACGAUAAGAAAACAGAUCCUAGGGGAUUUGGACCAUUGGAAUGCUACGCUCAUCUUAAUUUUCAAAUUCCACCAGAAUUCUGGAUUUUGCUAGCUAAUGAAAGCCAUUCUCCACCAAGUGAUGUCUACAGUAUAUUCAAUGUAUUCUUAUUUCGGAAUACAGGCUAUCGAACGCGCCUUUAGUAAAUUGCUAUGGCAAAGCUUGACAUUUUAGAAUACUUUGAUUACUUCAGUUUAAUGAUGCAUUAUUCAUGAAUUGAGGUUUGAUUUGUUAAAGAACCGGAUGUGGAGGAAGAAUAGAAGACCGUCUAACUCAACUCAAUGCGUUGGCACGGAUCUGAAUAGAAAUUUCAACAUCAAGUGGGCAAGUAAGUAAUUUGUAGCUGUUAUUGUUCGAAAGGAAAGAUGGCGAUGACACAAAGGCAAUACUGAGCGCUCGCUCACCUCCUCCCCGCCGCUACUUAAAAAUCUGCUUGCAGGAAAGCGAGCGUCUUUAAGGAUGCCAUAACACGCAAGUUGCGUUAAAAACGUUUUCUACUGUACAAUGCAACGCUCUUCAUUAUCGUGCUCUCCGUUACCAUCCCAUAAGCUCUUGCGCCACUUUCCCAGGAUUUCUCUCUUUAGCCAAUCACAGAGCGUGUCGAAGCAAAGCCGCGUUAAUCUCCCAGACUUACAUGAAAUCCGCAGUAACAAGAUAAUUCUUGUACUCAUCAGCUGUCGGAGCAGAUUAUGGCAAACCUUGUAGUGACAUUUAUCCUGGAUUGUGGCCUUUCUCCGAACCGGAAAUUAGAAAUCUGGGCAAAUACAUGUACUCAAUAAGAAGACGGAUCAAAGGUUAUGUGGACUUUCACUGCUACGGACAGCUUUGGAUGUCUCCAUGGGGUUUCACGACAGUUCUUCCACCAACAUUUCAUAAAGAGCAUGUAAGUUUGAAUAGGUGGGACAGCAAGCUAGGAAGCUCUCUGAUGUACCGUGCCUCAUAGGGAAAAAACACUUCCCAGAAUCCAAAAACACUUCCCAGAAGGAAAAAUACUUCCCAGAAUCCAAAAACACGUCUUAGAAUCCAAAACACGCCCCAGAAUUCAAAAACACUUCCCAGAAUCCAAAAGUGGUUUGGAUUCUGGAAAGUGUUUUUGAGUUCUGGGACGUGUUUUGAUCCCUACAAGCCACCGUACUGAUGAGCUCUGGAGGUGGGGGAGUUUUCUCCCGUCAGCCUCUACCCCGUUAGGGACAGGCGGAGGGGGAUGUACAUAUAAGGAAGAAUACCCCUGGCUCAAGUAUUCUUCCUACUUUCACUCAUUUGAACAGCUGUGUACGACAGAGUAUCCACCGACAUUUUCUGAACAUAUUAGCCGGAGAAUUUGUGUCUAUUGUGAAGGUCGGGGCUAUGAAUCUCCCCUUGUACAGACAGUUUAGAAAGUCCCUUAGGGUACAAGACGUGAGUGUUCUUCAACAAAGAUGAAAAUAAAAAUGCUUUUGAUCAUCGUUCAGCUCAUUUCAGUAUUAAGGAUAUUCUAUUUCUUGAAUUUUAACAGUUACCCGCUAUGAGAAAAAUUGUUCAGAAGAUCUACCACACCCAUGGCACCAUUUUUCAAUAUGGACCCGCGUCCACCGCUAUAUGUAAGUGGUUACAUUCUUGUAUUCAGUAAAUUGUAAAUUGGAAAUGUCUUAUUAUCCACUCCCCUCAGAGCUUUUCAGGGAUAAUUUACACUGGUUGGGGGACUUUGCUAGACUGCUUAAGGUGCAGUUUACACGUAAUGAAGGAAUGCGUAAUGAUGCCCCCAUAUAUGCAUGAGUGUGAAAGUUGGAUAGACCAGUACACCGGGCACUACGUGCCGUACUCUUUACGAAGAGUGUGUGGGUUCUUUAACGUCCCACAGAUUUGUUACAUGUGCAACGAAACUUUAGCAACCCUUACCGCUUUGUGAGGGGUGAAGAAAACUGGAUUACCCGUAACAAAAACUCUCUUUCGAAGCAGAGGAGAGAACUUACGACAAAGUCAAGUCUGCACUAAAACAAAACCUCUCUCUCUCGAAGCAGAAAAGUCAACUGACGACAAACUCUAGUCUACACUAAGACAUAACUGGGUCCACACUGGUGGUAUGGGUGGUAGAUGGAGGGGCAAGGGAGGGGUAGGGGGAGGGUAGUGGGUUCACCAUAGUGCGCUCACCUUAAUCAUGUUUAUGUUUGAUUACAGAUAAGACUUCUGGAGACGCUACAGACUGGGUUCACGGAGUGUUAGGAGUAACACAUUCUUACGGAGUUGAGCUUCAACCGUCUUUCUUCGCUGAGAACGGAUUCAUUCUUCCCCCUUCGUACAUUGAACCCGUUGGCAAGGAAACAUUAUCCGGGUUAAAGAUUCUCUGUUCCUUUAUAAGUUGAGAAAUCAGUCUAACUCUCAACCGUAUCUUCAAAAACAUUUUUAAUGUAAUAUUUUUAACACAGUGUAACGCCGCAAUUUUUCUUGUAUCCAGGCUUCACUCUGCAUAACGCUGCCGUGGGAAAUCUGGGUAUGAAAUCACUGCAGUAAUUAUUUAUGUUUAAGUUUAGAAGAGCCAUUUAGCUAUAUGCGCAGGUAAUUAAACUAGAGGAGUGAGGCAAAAUCGGGCUUCCGGAAGGAGUCGUUCACGAGUUGAGACAAACCUUAGUAGUGUGAUGUCUAUUUGGCUCCCUCUUCUCUCUCUCAUGUGAUGAGCGAGUGAAAAUAUGGGUUUCAAUUAUUCGACAGCUUUCGAGCUCACUGGGGUAAAUAGUGCCAGAGAACAAGGGGAAGAAGCCCGGGG